CGUGUUCCGAUAGAGUGUUGUUGGCAGCCUACACCGAUUCAUUGAAAAGUGUGGUUCGCAAGUGGGACAACUGUCACCACGCACGACAGUGCGAUUGUGGCCGUAGCAAGGAAUCGUCAUAAGAAAGAUUUGAUUCGACAAGUAUACCAAACGAAAAACACGGAGUUCAGCAAAAUGGCAGAGAGACAACCAAACCGUGGAGGCCGUAACCGUGCCCGUGGAUUUGCUGCGGCUGGUGGUGGCAAUGGCAACCCACGCGGACACAACCAAGGCGGAGGUCGUGGUGAAGGAGCGCAGCAACGUCAACCACCACCUCAAUCACAGGCUUGGCCCUCUCUGGGACAGCCGGCUCCACCUGCUCAGCAAAACAGUCCUCAGCAACCACCCGCUCCGGGAUGGGGAGCACAGCAACGUGCUGCUCAGUCGCAGCCAACACGCCAGGUACAAACGCAACAUAAACAACCGCAGCAACAACAACAACCGGCGCAACCACAGCAACAACAACAACCGGCGCAACCACAGCAACAAAGUCCUGCUGGAUCUCAGCCACCCGAUAGUUCCAUAGCUCCAAUUCAUCGACAACAGAGAGGUGCUACUGGGGAAGUAGCUGCAGCCGGCCGAGGAGCUAUGCGUGGUAAACGUCACAUACCGGAUGUCCUUCGCACGCGUCCAAUUGAUUGUCCAGUGACAAAGCAGGGAAUAUCUGGGGAUCCGCUUAUGCUUACAACAAACUAUUAUCGUGUUUCACGUCAGGGAGACGAAUCAAUUUUUCAGUAUCGAGUAGAUUUUACGCCCUCGGUCGAAACAGAUAGGACUAUGAAGUCAUUGAUUUAUAAUCUAAAACCAAUACUUGGAGGGUAUCUUUUUGAUGGAACGCAGCUGUUUACGAGACAUAAACUGCGAAGUGAUGAGGUUGAAUAUCCUACAAAAGAUAAUACUACGAAUCAGGAAUAUAUAAUUAAACUUCGAAAAGUUGGAGUUGUUGACGGCACGAACGAAAUGGCAUUCGUUAUAUUCAAUUUGAUAAAUAGAAAAGCAAUGAGUGGAUUGAAACUUCAGUUGAUUGGUCGAAAUUAUUUUGAUCCAGAAGCUAAAAUAGCAGUUAAUCAAUACGGGAUUGAACUCUAUCCAGGAUACGUUACAAGUAUACGACAGCACGAGCAAGACGUGCUGAUGUGUGUCGAACUAACUCAUCGUGUUAUGAGAGUGGACACAUGCUAUACACUAUUUCGACAGUGUAUUAACCAAGGAGGAAACUGGCGUGAUAAUUAUAAAAAAAUGAUUCUUGGAUCGGUUGUGAUGGCAAAUUACGGGAAAAAUAAUACUUACACCGUCAACGAUGUGGAAUUCAACACAUCACCGGAGAGUUCUUUCUCGACACCAAACGGAAGUGUAACUUUCAUGAAGUACUUUAAAGAACGCUACAAUAUCGACAUCCGUGACCCAAGGCAACCCAUGCUGGUUUCUCGUUCGAAACCUCGAGACAUACGCGCUGGAAGACCUGAAUAUAUUUACUUGGUUCCAGAACUGGUUCGUGCCACGGGAAUCACUGACGAUAUGCGUAAAAACUUCAAUUUAAUGCGAACGCUUGCCGAUCAUACUCGAUUGACUCCCGAUAAACGGAUGGAACGACUUGAUGUAUUUAAUAGACGUUUGCAGCAGUCGGAAGAAAGUGCUGAGGUUUUUAAAUUCUGGAAAACAGAAUUAGAUCGCCGGUUGGUAGAAGUAAAAGGACGGAUUCUUAAACAAGAGAUUAUAUUUUUCCAAAAUAUAAACAGUGGCAUAAACGCAGGAAAUGAAGCGGACUGGCAGAUGGCAUUCCGCAAUAACGCAAUGCACAUAUCGGUUCCACUUAAUAAAUGGUUUGUUGUGACUCCGAAUGGAUCGGAAAAGUUGAUGGCUGAUUUCAUGGGUUGUCUAAGACAAGCUGCCAAAGGCAUGCAGUUUCAAAUUGAGGAACCCACAAGGGUGAAUAUCCAAAACGAUUCCCCUUCCGUGUACGUUGACUCUCUCAACCAGAUUGUUCAGCAAGAUCCCCAAUUAAUCAUGUGUUUGGUAAGCAAUGAUAAGGCUGAUCGCUAUGCAGCCAUCAAGAAAAAAUGCUGUGUAGAUCGGGCAGUUCCGACGCAGGUAAUUAAGACGAGAACGAUUACUCCAAAAGGUGGCAAUGUGCGGACGUUGAUGUCCGUGGCGACAAAAGUCGCUAUUCAAAUAAACUGUAAACUCGGAGGUAUCCCAUGGAUUUUGAAAAAUCCACUAUCGUCGGUAAUGGUGAUUGGAUUUGACGUUUGUCACGACACAAGGGACAAAAGCAAAUCUUACGGAGCGUUGGUUGCUUCUAUGUACGGACCUGGAAUCAAACACCCUCGAUUUUUCUCAACCGUCAAUCACCAUUCGUGUGGCGAAGAAUUGUCUAAUUACAUGGCUCAAAACGUAAUCAAAGCCUUGCAUUCAUAUAAAUGCGAUUUUAAUUGCUUGCCACAGCGUAUUAUCAUCUAUCGAGACGGAGUUGGAGAAGGACAAAUGAACUAUGUUUUUGAGCAUGAGAUUGGCGCCAUAAAAGAAAAGUUAAAUCUUGCAUAUCAAGGAAAUGCUACAAACCCGAGGUUUACUUUCUUUGUUGUUAACAAAAGAAUUAACACACGUUUAUUUAACCAAAAACGCAACCCUUUGCCGGGUACAAUCGUAGACGAUGUCAUUACUUUACCGGAACGAAAUGACUUCUAUCUGGUAUCACAAAGCGUUCGUCAGGGUACAGUGUCACCAACAUCGUAUAACAUUAUUUUCGAUAACUCUGGGCUGAGCGCUGACAACUUGCAGGUACUAACUUACAAACAAACCCAUUUGUAUUACAAUUGGUCCGGCACGGUAGGUGUUCCGGCAGUUUGUCAGUAUGCUCAUAAAUUGGCGUUCCUAGCAGGUCAAUACUUGCACCAAGCACCGAAUAAUGCACUUGAGAAGAAAUUGUACUAUUUGUAACUAGUUUAUAUGUUUUUCGCUUCCAUUUAUUGUUUUAUGAAAACUAUAAGGAUACAAUAUAUUUUCAAUGUAAGACCAAAUAA